AUGAAGUACAUUGCUCCAACCCUGGCCUUUGCCAGCGCUGUCGCGGCUCACGGUUAUGUCGACACUGCCCUGAUCGGCAGUCAGAACUACAAAUUCUACCAACCGUACGCCGAUCCAUACGCAAACCCUAAACCCCAGCGUAUCUCUCGCCCCAUCCAGGGCAACGGUCCCGUCGAGAACGUCUCCCUCUCCGACUUGCAAUGCGGUGGCUACACAGCUGGUGGUGCUCCUGGCUCCUCGCCCGCCGCGCUCCACGCCGAAGUCGCAGCUGGUACCGAAGUCAAGCUCUACUGGACGCUAUGGCCUGACACACAUGUCGGUCCUACCGUCACCUACAUGGCCAAGUGUCCCGACACCGGCUGCAACGACUGGAUGCCUGGGACUGAAGCUGUGUGGUUCAAAAUCCAACAAGAGGGCCGCAACGGCAACACUUGGGGUGCAACUGCAACCAUGAAGGCUGGCGGCUUCGUAUCUUACACGAUCCCCAAGUGCAUACCGUCCGGAAACUACCUCGUUCGCCACGAGAUCAUCGCUCUGCACGCUGCAUCGUCAUACCCGGGAGCACAAUUCUACCCAGUAAGAUCGCAUUGA